GCCAAAUAGGAACAGCUCCGGUCUACAGCUCCCAGCAUGAGCGACACAGAAGACGGGUGAUUUCUGCAUUUCCAUCUGAGGAAUGGAAGAGAGCCAGUCAACAGACUCAUUUUAUGGAUGGAAACACUGAGCUCCAAAAGCUGAAAAUGCUUCAUUGCUUAUGUGGAAGACCAAGAGAAGAACCCAGGUCUGCUUAGUCCCAAUCAAUUCAGGGACCAAAUACUAUUUCCAGAGUUUUAUCCACAAUAUCUUAUGAUACCUGGAAAUCAAAUUCCUUCUACUAUGAUAUGACCUAUUUAGGUAUUGGAGAAGAAGUGAUUUCAUUGAGAUUUGUCUCUCUGUGUGAUCAUCAGCAUUUGCAUCUUUAUGGUCUUUAUGAAUCCUUCUCAUCAUUGUUUUCAUUAUAAAACUCCACCAAGCAGCUCAGGAGAACACAAUGAGCCCAGGAGACUCAUGGGCUUAACCCAACCUGAACAUUUACAAGUAGCUGUAAUUUUAUUGGACUCUCCUCAGAAAAUACCAUGGACUAUUCUAAAGUUCCACUAAAGUGAAGAGCUGGACUCACCAUAGAGGGAAAAGUGAGACUGACAAUGAGGCUGCUAAAUAACUCACAUUAACUUGGAUUUUUCUACUUGCUCUCUGAGAUGCUCCCUAACAAGUCAGUGAGUAAAGGUAUAGAAUGUGCCAAACAGACGAAACAGAUGGUUGACUGCAGUCAUUAUAAAAAGUUACCACCAGGACAACAGAGAUUUUGUCAUCAUAUGUAUGAUCCAAUUUGUGGAUCUGAUGGCAAAACUUAUAAAAAUGAUUGCUUCUUCUGUUCUCAAGUUAAGAAAACUGACGGCAAACUUAAAUUUGUACAUUUCGGAAAAUGUUAAAUCUAUCUUGUGAGUCCAAAAUAUCUUUUAAUGCAUCUAUUCACAAGAGUCACAUUUCUGUUCCCAUAUUAUCUAUGCCACAUUGCCUACUCAUCACCAUAUGCAGAUUUCUUUGUAGAAUAAAGCAGAUA